AUGUCUUUAAGAAUAAUUCCAUCUGAUUCCAGAGAAUCGAAAGUUUCAUCCACCCAUUUCAAUGAUGCCUCCAAAAAUACCCCUUCAUUAUCAGAAAAGUUACAUACGCAGUCUGGACCAGUAAACAUAUCUUCUAAAAUCAACAAUCUUCAUCCAUUACAAUCAAGAGUAAAUAAUUGGGAACAUACCCAACAAGAUACUAGGCUUGAAACUUAUAGACGUAUAUUUGGUGCUGGUGAACCUAUCAAAAGAACUAUGGAGUUGUCAAUUGUUGAAAAUACCGAUUUUAAGCCUCAGGUUUUGGGAGGCAGCGAUCCAAUGCAUAGAGAUGUGUUGUUGGGAAAGGAUACAAGCUUUGAUUGGGAAGAUGUGUAUCCAAAUGGAUUAAGUCAAAAUGGUAACAAUGUGAUGGACAUGCAUAGCGAAAUGGAAAAGAGAUUGGGCCUUUAG